AAUGAAGGACCCUAAAAAUGUAAGAUUGUUGUAGUGAAAUUGUGGGUGGAGUCUAAAGAAAGAAACAAAGUUUCAGUCGCUUGGUUUGGCUGACAAUGUUUGAUGAUAGGGACAAUAUAUAAUAUAUUUUUGGCAACAACGUGUACUGUUAUAUAAUUAAUAACCUUAUUAAGUUAUUAUUGUGAGAUCCUUAUUUAACCCAAUUAAUAUUCUUUCCCCCAUUCUUCACUCUUUACAGUUUAUAAUCAGAUAAUGUAAUAUCCUGCGUUAUUAUUUCUCUAACGUACAAUAUUUAUUAGCUGAAUUGUAACUCAUUACAAACCUUGUAAACCUUGUUACAAUGAGUCUGCUGGAUAGAAAAAGAAGGCAGAAUUUAAGCGAUGGACUUCCUGCAAAGAAAAGCGAGGGAGGGUACGAGUACAUGAGCGGGUUUGGGAACGAGUUUGCGUCAGAGUGUUUACCAGGAGCACUGCCGGAGGGACAGAACAACCCUCAGCGCUGUCCGUACGGGCUGUACGCUGAGCAGCUGUCCGGAACUGCAUUCACUGCACCUCGUGAGACCAACCAACGCACGUGGUUGUAUAGAAUAAGACCUUCAGUAAAGCACUACCCGUACCAAGAGGAGGAGGCGGGACACUUCACCAGCGACUUUAAGGACGUACCUGUCACUCCCAAACAGCUGCGAUGGAAACCGUUCGAUUUGCCUGCUGCUGACCGAGUUGAUUUCGUGAAGGGUAUACACACGUUGGGAGGGGCUGGGGACCCGUGUACUCGAUACGGGGCUGCUAUACAUAUCUACACCUGCAACUCCAGUAUGGCUAACAAAGCGUUCUACAACGCGGAUGGUGACCUCCUGAUAGUACCGCAAUUGGGAACACUGUUCAUUACCACAGAGAUGGGCAAGAUGGAAGUGUCACCUAACGAGAUAUGCGUCAUUCAGCAAGGAAUCCGCUUUAAAGUUGAUGUUACUGGAGCUAGUAGGGGCUACAUGUUGGAGGUUUGGGGAAAUCACUUCAUCCUGCCUAACCUUGGUCCUAUUGGAGCUAAUGGUUUGGCGAAUCCACGUGACUUCCUAACUCCAGUCAGUCACUACGAGGAUGUGGAAACGGAACACGUUGUUGUUGCCAAGUUCCAGGGAAAACUAUUCUCUGCCAAACAGGACCAUUCCCCGUUUGAUGUGGUGGCUUGGCAUGGCAACUACGCUCCCUACAAGUACAACCUGAAGAACUUUAUGGUUAUCAACGCAACUGCAUUCGACCACGCGGAUCCCUCUAUCUUCACGGUGCUGACGUGUCCGGGUCAGCUGGAAGGAACUGCUCUCUGUGACUUUGUAAUAUUCCCCCCUCGGUGGGCUGUGCAGGAUCACACUUUCAGACCUCCAUACUACCACAGAAACUGUAUGAGCGAGUUUAUGGGUCUGAUAUACGGUAACUACGAGGCUAAAGAAGGAGAGUUCCAGCCGGGAGGAGGUUCCCUGCACAGCAUCAUGACCCCACACGGUCCCGACGCUAACUGCUUCACUGGGGCCAGCAAUGCUGCACUCAACCCAGUCCGGGUCGCUGAUAAUACCCAGUCCUUCAUGUUCGAGUCAUCGCUGAGUUUGAAGUCAACAACCUGGGCACUGAAGACGUGUGAGAAAGUAGAUGAUGACUAUUGGAAAUGCUGGCAAAAUCUUCCUAAGCUUUUCAACCCCAACCAAAAAUAGGUUUUACUAACAUGAGGAAAAAUCGACUAUAUUAGUUUAUCAUUUAGAAUAUUUUACUACGUUUUUACUGAAAAAUAAUUAAAUAUUAUAUUUAUAGGAAAUUGUACAAUUAUUGAUACGUUUUCUUUGUUUUUGGUCUUGAAAUUAUCCCCCAUCAUAUUAGAAUACAGAUAGCUAAAGUUAGUUUAGUGAUUGUGAAUGUUACUGUUCUUACGAAAUAUUGUGUUAUUGUUUUGAUAUCUUUUUUAAGUUUUGAAUUAAAAGUGUUCUGUUAUCGUUUUAUAUAUCUAAAAUGUGGAAAUUUAUUACAUUUAAGUUAUUACAAUAUUAAUAUUAUGUACAACAAAAGGGUAACAAGUAUAUCUAUUAUCUAUCCGUAUUUAUUGAUAUUAUAGGUUUGCUGACUUUAAGUUUAUUA